UUUUACCCACUAAUGGUCAGAGUCCAUGUCCCAAAGAGCCAACCGAACUAGUUCCUAAAAGUUCUCUUUUAUUUUAUUUUUUUCUAUAUUUCUUUUGGGUUCCUGACAUCCCGGGUGAUUGAUUUUGGUUGGAUUUCGGGUCUCGUUCUUAUUUCUUUAUUAUUUUUUUGUCAUCUUCUUGUAGUACACGUCUUUCAUACCUCUCUCUCUCUCUCUCUCUGACCCAUGUAAACUAAUAAUAUAAUUUUGGUUUUGAACUCUCUUUCUGACCCAUGUAAACUAAUAAUAUAAUUUUGGUUUUAAACUCUCAUAAUUGUGCUGUUCUUGUUUCUAUGACCUUGCCGGUAUGGAUUUAUCACCUAUGGGAGGUUGGUUGAAGGUCAUGUAUGUGGUUUUUGCGUUUUGCUCUGCUCUCUGUUUGGGUGCUCUCAAAGGAUUUCUUGUGGGUCCUAUUGCUGCUUUGGUAAUGAUAAUAGGGAAUGUUGGAGUAAUUCUGGGUUUGUUACCUGCACAUGUUGUGUGGACUGUUUACACCCUUGUUAAGAUUAAUAGAUUUGACACACCACUUAAAAUAGCUAUGUUGUUUCCAUUGCCUGCUUUAUUUGGUAUAUGGUUGGGUUUGAGCAUAGCUGGGAGUGUUCUUGUGGGAAUUGGCUAUGGAUUUUUCACACCAUGGGUUUCUUCUUUUGAGGCCUUUAGACGUGACAAUGAAACCAAGAUAUUUUUUCACUGUUUAGUGGAUGGAACUUGGGGAACUGUCAAAGGAAGUUGUACUGUAGUUAGAGAUUUUGCAGACAUGUGUUAUCAUUCCUACCCGGUCUACUUGAAGGAAUUACGCGAAUCCCCUGAUUCCAAUGACAUUCAAACUCUACGGUUGGUUCACGUGCCUGCCUGUAUCAUAGUUGGGUUGAUGGGGCUAAUGGUUGAGAUUCCUCUUUACACUGCAAUUGCUAUUGCAAAGAGUCCGUAUAUGUUGAUUAAGGGCUGGUUCCGAUUGAUACAUGAUCUAAUUAGCCGAGAAGGCCCAUUUCUUGAAACAGCUUGCAUCCCUAUUGCUGGUUUGACAAUCCUUAUGUGGCCAAUUGUCGUUGUUGCAAGCAUUUUGUUGGCUAUUUUCUCUAGCAUUUUCAUUGGAUUGUAUGGAUCAGUUAUAGUGUAUCAGGAAAGAUCUUUCCGGAGAGGUAUUGCUUAUGUGAUUGCAAUGGUUGCUGAGUUCGAUGAAUAUACCAAUGAUUGGCUCUAUCUCCGAGAAGGGACUAUCCUCCCAAAGCCCCAGUAUCGAAAGAAAAGAGUAUCCAGAUCAGCAUCCGAUCUUUCUAUUGGAGGAAAUCAUGUUGCCGGAGACAGAUUGAAUUCUGCUUCAGUUGAAGCACCUGCAAUGCUUGUGCCAAGCUUAGCUCGGUCAAGAUCAGUUAGAGAGGCUAUACAGGAAGUGAAAAUGGUGCAGAUCUGGGGAAACAUGAUAAAGUCCUGUGAAAUGAGAGGUAAGCAACUAUUGGAUGCUAAUGUAAUAACCUCAACUGAUCUCAAUGAGUGGUUGAAGGCAAAGAACAGUAAUGAAGCAGCAAUCAUUAGUGUUGGCUUGCCUUGUUAUUCUUUGUUGCAAACUCUUCUCCACUCCAUCAAAGCAAAUUCAGGAGGUGUAUUGCUGCUUGAUGAUAUUGAAGUAAACUACUUCAACAGGCCACAAGACAAAUUGUUGGAUUGGUUCUUCAAUCCUGUAAUGGUACUAAAGGAGCAGAUUAAGGUCAUAAAAUUAGGAGAAGACGAGGUUCGAUUCUUGGAAAGAGUGGUUCUUUUCGGAAGCAAUACGCAACGCAUGGAGGCUUGGGAAAAUGGUAGCAUAACACCUCAAGAUGCUCUCAGGGCUGCUCAGAUUCAGGGCAUUAGCAGGAGAAUGACUGGAAUGGUAAGAAGUGUAUCAAAGUUUCCGACUUACCGGAGGAGAUUUCGGCAAGUUGUGAAGGCUUUAGCAACAUAUUCAGCGGAGAAAGAAGAUUUUGCCAAAUCCAGUUCCAUGAGAUCUACUGCUAUCAAUGAAAAUGUGUAGGAUCAACCUCCUCUUACUCUUCUUUCUCAAAUAAAUUCUGGUAAAAGGAUAAUGAAAACAAGUAUGUAUUUGUAUGUAGUUAACUUUCUAUGACUAGAUCAUUAUGGGCUAAUUAUCCAAAUGCCCAAUUAGAUUUAUGCCACACUUUUGGAUUGGACACAAAAAAUUUAGAAUCUUCAACUCAAAAUCAUAAUCUUUACUCAAAGUUGCCGAAAUAA